AUGGCCAAUAAGACCCAAGUUCUUAUUCUAGGUGCAACCGGAUACAUCGGUGGCUCGAUUCUUGCUGAGAUACUACGAUCUCCGGAGGCUUCCAAAUUGAGCAUAUCCGCACUGAUCCGUCGUUCAGACCAGGCGGCCAAGCUCGACUCUCUGGGUGUAAAGCCAAUCCUGUUUGGUGGCCUGGACGACCUGGAAGCUUGCAGAAAUGCUGCUUCUCAAAGUGAUCUUGUGAUCAACGCGGCAUCUGCAUCCCAUGACAGUUCUGCUAAAGCACUGGUCGAAGGUUUAGCUCUUAGACAGAAGGCCACGGGCAAGGAAGCCUAUCUUAUUCAUACUUCGGGUACCUCAAUUCUGGGCGAUCAUCCCUACACUGGGACGCCACAGGACCAGAAAAUCUGGUCUGAUGAAAAGGAUAACAUAUUUGAGAUGGAGAAGAAUCACCCUGAGCGCUACGGACAACGCGUGACCGAUGUUACGGUUGUUGAGACCGGGUUAAGCCUUGGUGUCAAAACGUACAUUGUCGUCCCUCCCACCAUCUACGGAAAAGGCGACGGUCCAUUCGCGACUCUGAGCCAACAGGUGCCCAACCUUGCACGUUUGGCCAAAAAGCGCGGAUUUGCCAGUGUAAUUGAGAGUGGCAAGGGCAUUUGGAAUCAUGUUCACAUUGCCGAUCUUUCUGCUUUCUACGGGCUUCUCUUCCGUGCUGUUAUUGAGCAAAACACAUGGCUUCCUUCCGGCCCAGAUGCGGUAUUCUUUGUUGAAAGCGGUGAACAUACAUGGCUACAGGUUAGCCAGGGUAUUGCCGAUGCCAUGUGCAAGAGCGGUCUCCUGGCGACGAAUGAAGUCAAGUCAAUCAGCCUGAAGGAUGCAGCUGCGGAAAUUACUGGGGGUAACGAGAGUCUUGCAGAGAUCUCCCUUGCAUCAAAUUCGAGAGCUCGGGCUGAUUUUGCCCGGAAUCGACUUGGUUGGAAUACGCCUCGGGGAUUAGAAGACUUCUUGAACCACUUCGAUGCCGAAGUAGCAGCUAUGCUUGGAGAGCUGAGAGGUUAG